UCUACGAUGGAUUGGCAGGUAUCUCUGAGACUGACGGUUUGUCGCAGUAAGUCAUAACAAAUUGAAAGGUAUGUUGUGAACCGAUGUGGUCUCAGUCAUAGCGUACGCUUUUAGCUUGCUGGUUUAGUGUUGCUUCAGUCCUUGCCAACGUGAGGCUGUCUUUCCUUAGAGUUGUGUUAGAUUAGUUAGCUUUGUUCUUGUUCUCUCAUAUGCUUCUAGUGUCUUACAUUUUGUCAUGGAAAACUAGUAAUAAUACCAACGUUUUUACCAAAAAAAAAAAAAUUCAAAAAUGUAUAUUAUUCGUUUAUCCAAGUUGAAGAUGAAAGGAACAUGUAUUUGAGUAACAAUAUUUUUUUUGACUAAAAUUUGAGUAACAAUAUUCCAUUGUAAUAUGUGGUAUUGUCACUCAGGACUGGUUAUGAAAUUUUCAAGACUAUAAAUAAUUUAUAAAAAAAUGUAACAAAUUAAAGUAAAAUAAUUUUGGAGGUCUAUAGAUCAAUUUUUCUUUUACCUAAUACUCAUGACUGGCUCUGUUAUCACCAAAGAAUGUAAUGGAUGAAGCGAUUGUGCUGACUUUAAAAAAUGAAAAGACUCUCGAUGAAGCCGAACAAGCCUUAGCUAUUUUUAAUUUUACGCUAUAACUUGCUUGCCAUCUCUUUUGGACGUCUUUAUGUGUGUGUGUGUCGUUAGUGGUUAUAUAGUAAAAAUGGAAAAUGGUACGCAAAUGUUUGCUGAGUUUUCUUCAAUAUGUAUUUACGAGAAACAUAGGUUUUGAGCUAAUUAUGGCUUUUUAAUAGAUUGGUUAACCGGAUUAAACCGGAUAGUUCUUUCAAACAAAGGCUUUUAUUUAUGUAAAUAUAGAGUCCAAAAUAAGCCAUUCAAUUUAACUUCUUCUUCUUCUUUUUUUCCUUUUUCUUCUGAUCACCACCAGCCCCUAAUAUUUAUCUUUCUUUUUGCUAAAAUUCUCUCUUCCUAAUUCAAAGAAAUCAGAUUUCUCCGAGGACUGCGGAGAAAGGACCAUUUGAAUUUUAGAUUUACCUGGUAAUUCUUUUAACCCUUUUCUGAAGAAGUCAAAAUGUCAAUGUAUCAGAGAUUUUGAUUUUGCUGAGAUUCGAUUGUUUCUGACCAAACAAUAUUAGAUAAAGUGGUGUUACGUAGGAUACAAUAACAAGCAUCCUGAGAGUUUAUUUCAAAUUUCUUGGAAAUGGAGCAAGCAAAAACAGAAGUUGAGAAGAAAGUGUCAAGACUUCUAAAGUUCCUCCAAAACAAAAACAAGAUCCCAAGAGAUUCAAAGAGAGAGCUUCUAGCGAUUGCUACUGAUCUCCAAGAGCAUUGUCAAUCUCUUUAUUCUUCCAUUGAUGAUUUUCAACAAGAUUUGGAUCCGACAAGAAGCGGCGGCAGAAGUAAAGUGCAAUCGCGCGUUGCUUCAUCGGAGGAUAUAGUGAAUCUUGUUGAGCAAGGAAGCAAGCUUGAAGCAUUGAGGAACGAGGCUGAAGAGAAAGAACAUGCACUGGCUUUACGCGUGAAGGAGCUAGAGCGAGAGCUAGAAGAGGCCAAAGCCGAGUGUGAUCGUCGUAAGGGAGAUUUGGAAGAAGAGAUUGAGAUGAAAGCUAGCGAAAGUAAGCAGCUAGGAGAGAUGAACAAAGGGCUUAGGUCUCAGAUCUCCGGUCUGAAACUGGUUUUGAAAGAAACAGGAGAUGAGAUAUCGACACUUGUGAACAAGUUUGGGAAGAGUGAGUUAGGUUUAACGUCGAGGAUUGAAGAUUUGAAGUGCCAGUUGAGAAACUUGGAGCAGGAGAUUGGUUUUCUCCGUGAGAGGAACGCGGAACAGGCUGCAAGUUUUCAAGUUAAGAGAGUUGAGGACAAAGAACGUGUAAACGGCUUGAUGGAUCAGGUUAGUAGUUUGAAACAUGAACUUCAAUCCUUGCGGAACAAGAAAGUCGAACAAGUUACAGAGAGAGAGAUGCAAGUGAAGAGUGUGGAACAAGAAACAGAUGAAGAGAGGAAUAAGUUGCAUGAAGAGAUUGACCAUCUUAGAGAAGAAAAUAAGAAGCUGCAUACAAUAAUCACAGAACUUGAAUCAUCACAGAUGGAAAGAGAGAUCAAGAAUACCGAUGAAAAUGAAGAUAAGAGCAAGAAACUGGACGCUGAACUUUCUCAUCAGAAGAAUCUGGCCAAGGAACAAGAUGAUGUUAUUAACAGGCUAUUGGAAAAAAUCAAGGAUCAAGAAAGACUUGUGAAAGAACAGAAAGAGACCAUUGACAAGUUCUCUGAAGAUCUGAAGCAACAAGAUGAUGUUAUUCGCAGGUUGUCGGCGAAAAUCAAGGAUCAGAAAAGAAUAGUGAAAGAACAGAAAGAGACCAUUGGCAAGUUCUCUGAAGAUCUGAAGCAACAAGAUGAUGUUAUUGGCAGGCUAUCGGCGACAAUCAAGGAUCAAGAAAGACUUGUGAAAGAACAGAAAGAGACCAUUGACAAGUUCUCUGAAGAUCUGAAGCAAUCAAAGCGUUGGUCACUUGGUUCAAGCCGAGAUUCGAAGCUGAAUCCAAAUGCCAUAGAGAAGAAAAUGGAAGAAAUAGCGGAUGAUUUCCGGAUGAAGAUAGAAGACCAUAUCAGGAUACUGUACAGGAGGAUCCAUGUAGCUGAACAAAUACACUUGGAGAGCAAGAACGAAUAUAUCAAAAUACGAGACAUUGUUCAAGAAAACAAAGAAACUAGAGAGAGUUUGCUCUUUUACCAAACCCAUUUCAAAAGAAUCAAAGACACUUGGGAAAAGGGGUACACAAGAUCGACCAAGAAGCUGGAGGAAGCUGAGGAACACACGGACAGAGUUGCUAGGUUAGCAAAAGAGAUUGAUUCCGCGAAGAUUUGGGUGUGUGAGAAGAAGAGCGAGUUGGAAACUCUAGCUGCAAAGCUAGAAUGCGGAGAAGCUCAAGAGACAUUGUUGAAGGAAAAGUUAUCUAAACUAGAGAAGAAACUUGCGGAAGAAGGAACUGAGAAACUGAGUCUAGCAAAAGUUGUGACCAAAUUUGAAGCGAGAAUUAAAGAGCUUGAGAUCAAUGUGAAGGGACGAGAAAUUGAAUUGUUGAGCUUAGGGGAAGAGAAGAGAGAAGCCAUAAGACAACUCUGUGUUCUUGUGGAUUAUCAAAGAGAUCGAUACGAUGACCUCAAGAAAUCAGUCUUAAAGGUUUCUCUUAAGACCUAAUGUCACAAAACUCAACUCUUUUGUCUUCCUUUUCACGAAUGUUUUUUUUUUAAGUUUUAUUUGUUGUAUCUAUUUACGUUAGAAUCAUCUCCCCAUCUUGUAAAAUAUGAAAUGUUGAUUGUAAGAUCGGGGAUCUGUUGUGUUUGACAGUUAUGUAAAACGUUUCUAUGGAUACCUUGUUUGGCCAUUAUAUAAACAUUUUGUAUUUAGGUUUAUAAAUGUUUAAAUAAUUUGAUGUAAUGAGGCAAAGGAUUCCACAGCUGAAACUACAGCCAAUGGGAGUCCGCACUUCAUAAAUCUUGCUUUCUACUUCAUUCAAACCUUCAGAUUUUUAAAUUUUUUACAGCAUCUACUAAGUAAAUAAUUU